AAAAGAGCCCAGGAUAUUGCAGAGCGCACUGGAGCCCUGGCCAGCGUGCAGCCUUCCCGGCGCCGGCAGGCUGGGUCUUGGGAAUUCUGGUUUGCUUUGGCUCACUCGCUUUUUACAAACCACUGGAUCUUACAUGCCUCUGUACCCCCCACUUCCACUCCAUGUCCCCAUGCUCCUGCGCCAGCAACAGGACAUGUUCUCUGGAUGUCAGCUGAGUCAUUAAAGUAACUCUGAAUGUCAGUAGACAGACCUUGGUAGAACCACAAGGCUCCCAGAGACACCCAUCUCUCCUCAUUUUUUUUGUGUGUGUGUCUUCACCGAACAUUCAAAACUGUUUCUCCAAAGCGUUUUGCAAAAACUCAGACUGUUUUCCAAAGCAGAAGCACUGGAGUCCCCAGCAGAAGCGAUGGGCAGUGUGCGAACCAACCGCUACAGCAUUGUCUCUUCAGAAGAAGACGGUAUGAAGUUGGCCACCAUGGCAGUUGCAAAUGGCUUUGGGAACGGGAAGAGUAAAGUCCACACCCGACAACAGUGCAGGAGCCGCUUUGUGAAGAAAGAUGGCCACUGUAAUGUUCAGUUCAUCAAUGUGGGUGAGAAGGGGCAACGGUACCUCGCAGACAUCUUCACCACGUGUGUGGACAUUCGCUGGCGGUGGAUGCUGGUUAUCUUCUGCUUGGCUUUCGUCCUGUCAUGGCUGUUUUUUGGCUGUGUGUUUUGGUUGAUAGCUCUGCUCCAUGGGGACCUUGAUGCAUCCAAAGAGGGCAAAGCUUGUGUGUCCGAGGUCAACAGCUUCACGGCUGCCUUCCUCUUCUCCAUUGAGACCCAGACAACCAUAGGCUAUGGUUUCAGGUGUGUCACGGAUGAAUGCCCAAUUGCUGUUUUCAUGGUGGUGUUCCAGUCAAUCGUGGGCUGCAUCAUCGAUGCUUUCAUCAUUGGCGCAGUCAUGGCCAAGAUGGCAAAGCCAAAGAAGAGAAACGAGACUCUUGUCUUCAGUCACAAUGCCGUGAUUGCCAUGAGAGACGGCAAGCUCUGUUUGAUGUGGCGAGUGGGCAAUCUUCGGAAAAGCCACUUGGUGGAAGCUCAUGUUCGAGCACAGCUCCUCAAAUCCAGAAUUACUUCUGAAGGGGAGUAUAUCCCUCUGGAUCAAAUAGACAUCAAUGUUGGGUUUGACAGUGGAAUCGAUCGUAUAUUUCUGGUGUCCCCAAUCACUAUAGUCCAUGAAAUAGACGAAGACAGUCCUUUAUAUGAUUUGAGUAAACAGGACAUUGACAACGCAGACUUUGAAAUUGUGGUCAUACUGGAAGGCAUGGUGGAAGCCACUGCCAUGACAACACAGUGCCGUAGCUCUUAUCUAGCAAAUGAAAUCCUGUGGGGCCACCGCUAUGAGCCUGUGCUCUUUGAAGAGAAGCACUACUACAAAGUGGACUAUUCCAGGUUCCACAAAACUUACGAAGUCCCCAACACUCCCCUUUGUAGUGCCAGAGACUUAGCAGAAAAGAAAUAUAUCCUCUCAAAUGCGAAUUCAUUUUGCUAUGAAAAUGAAGUUGCCCUCACAAGCAAGGAGGAAGAUGACAGUGAAAAUGGAGUUCCAGAAAGCACUAGUACGGACACGCCCCCUGACAUAGACCUUCACAACCAGGCAAGUGUACCUCUAGAGCCCAGGCCCUUACGGCGAGAGUCGGAGAUAUGACUGGCUGAUUCCUUCUCUGGAAUAGUUACUUUACAACACGGUCUGUUGGUCAGAGGCCCAAAACAGUUAUACAGAUGACGGUACUGGUCAAGAUGGGUCAAGCAAGCGGCCACAAGGGACUGAGGCAAGCAUAAUGGUUUCAAAGAAAGACUGUAAGCUCCAUGAUUAGCAUAAAGCACUAACCAUGUCUCCAUGUGACCCGAUGGCACAUAGAUGUUGUAGAAUAAGUUAUGGGUUUUUAUGUUUUGUUUUGUGUUUUUCCAAAACUUGAACUUGCAGGCAAGCCUUGGUUGGGUAUUUGAUUUAUCCGGAAUGCUUCUCUUUAGGGAACAAGGAUGUUUUUAAUGGCAUAACAAAGGCAAGACUCUGCCUUAAUUUUUGAAAAGCUGCUAACUACAUGAACACAAAUGUGUAUUUUUGUUGCAGUGUAGUUUUCCUUUUGUGUAAUUUUAAAGUCAGUGUUGAACUUUACUGAAAGCUCAUGAUGCGCUUCAAAGUGGCAAGUAUUUGGCUAUUAACUGCCAAAACAAGAGCCUGAUUUUUUGAGGCCAGUAAUUUGUUUGCUAGAAUUGAUUUUUUUCUCUCUCUCUGUUACAUAAGGGCAUUAUGUAACACUAGCCAAAUGGUAGCCUCUGGGUUGUUGUUGUUUUUUUCUUUUCCUCCAUGAUGUUAAUGGGUUAUCUCAAAUUUUAAGUUAAACUACCUAAAAUAAAUACCAAAGAUAAUGCAUAUUUUUGCACAGUGGAGCUUACACUUAAAACAAAGCCCCAUGGGCUGCCUUGAAAUCAAGAGACAAUAACUUUGAACCUCAGCAAGACCUUGAACCGCCGGUUCAUUUUGCACCUUAUUCAGAAAAUAGAGCAUCAUACUCACCGAGUCUAGUCAGUGUAGUGCUUUUUAAAAUUUUGUCCUUUCACGUAACUUUUUUAUUUUAAGAGGAAGAAGAAGAAAGGGGCAUACACACGCACAAUACCGACAUCCAUCCUUUCCUGCUAGGCAGUGCUGGCCAGGCUCAUGUGUAGUGUGCGAGAUGGUGAUGUACUCUUAUAUUUUUCUGGGCUUUUCCUUUUGCACAUUCCAAAA